AAAUGACCGACUGAAAUUACGAAGUAGGAACUUUCUCCAACCUUCUCUGCCCAUUAAGCUAGAAAGCAAACAAAACACUGUCCCCGGAUCUCAUUCCAUUCAAUCAAACACCCAAAAAAGGAAACCCCAAAAAUCUACCACGAAAAUCAUACAAUCAGAGAGAGAAAAAUGGCGUUGCAGUGGAUGAUACUGGCGUACGUUGUGGCGGCGGAGGCCGCCGUGGCAAUUAUCCUGACUCUGCCGUCGCCGAAAGCGAUUAAAUCUCGCAUCACAUCGCUCGUAUCGCUCGUUCUCCAGCCGUCGCUGUUCAUAAUUCCGUUUUCAGCUUUUCAGCUUCUCGAUAUAUAUUGGAAGAACGAGCACCGAUUGAUGUGCAGUGGAGAGACCUGCACUGCUGCUGAGAGAGAUCGCUAUGAGAAAUCGACCUACAAGGCUCAGAGGAAUGCAGUCUUGUGUGUUUCCGCAUGCCUUCUUUACUGGUGUAUCUACCGAAUCUGCAAGUAUCAUAGGGAUAUACAAAGCAUGGAGGAAGUGGAAAAGAGCUACAAAGAGGAGUAGAAUAAUACUAGUAGUUACCGUAACCGAGUUUUUAUGUUUUCUUGAAGACUGUGAUCUCCUGUAUGGGUGUACUGUAUGUUAGUUCCUUUAGUUCUUUCGGCAUCUAUAAGUUUCUGUGAAGGCUAAAUUUAUCGCAGUCAUGUUUAAUUAGUGCAAUUUUUCGAAAAUAAAUAACCGGUUGCGCAGAAAUUAUUCAUCA